UAUGAUAUUCAAACCUUCAAAAUUCUAGAAGAAAAAAAACUAGAAGUGGGCUUUCAUAAUAGGUCUAAAACCCUUUCCUUUCGUUUUUCACAGCCACCAAAACCUCCAUCCAUAGCCGGCGAUUAUCCACCUUCACCUCCUUCCUCUGCAAUCACCUAGCCAAAUAACAUGGGGAAGAGAAAGCGAAGUGAAAAGGCUGAAGCUGUGGCUGUGCCCAAAAAGGAAGAUGUUGCUCCAGAGAGACCAGUGAGGACCCUUUUGGGAUGGAAGGAUAAGAAUGAGAAUGAAGCUGAGGUUAAGGACAACGGUGCUUCACCUGUAUUCAGGAACAAAGAGAAAGUUUUGGUUACUUGCUCUAGGCGUAUUGUUUACAGGUACCGACAUUUGAUGUUGAACUUGGUAUCACUUCUACCUCAUUGCAAAAAGGAUAACAAGGUUGAAUCGAAAGAAACUAAAGGCGCCACCUUGAACGAGCUUGUUGAGCUCAAAAACUGUUCUUCAUGUUUAUUUUUUGAGUGCAGGAAGGCAAAAGAUCUUUAUCUCUGGAUGGCAAAAUGCCCCAACGGCCCGUCUGUUAAAUUUUUAGUUAGUGCCAUGCACACAAUGGAGGAAUUGAAGCUUACUGGGAAUCACCUAAAAGGCUCCCGCCCUCUUUUGACGUUUUCAUCAAAUUUUGAAAAAGAUGCAUACUGGAAACUGUUGAAGGAGAUGCUGUUACAGAUAUUUGAAACGCCGAAGGACCAUAGAAAGGCCAAGCCUUUCCAUGACCAUGUUUUUGUUUUCUCAAUUGUUGAUGACCAUAUAUGGUUCCGAAAUUACCAGAUCUCUGUUCCUCACAAUGAGUCAGACAAAUUACCCCGAGGAAGCCUCGAUAAAAUGACAUUGAUUGAGGUUGGUCCACGGUUCUGCUUGAAUCCGAUUAAAAUAUUCGGUGGCAGUUUUGGAGGCCCGACUUUAUAUGAGAAUCCACUCUACGUGUCACCAAACCAGAUCCGAGCUUUGCAGAAGAAGAAAAAGGCUGGAACGUUUGCAAAGAAGAUCAAAGCAAAGACAAGGAGGAAAAUGCAUGAGAUGGCCAAUCCUCUGGAGCCUGAUGAGUUUGCAGAUAUGUGGAAAGAUUAAUCUUAAACUCCCCUGCCUCUUUUCACUAAAAGCAAGAAUGGACUUUUCACCUUAUAUAUCCAAACAUGAAAUGGUGAUUUUUGGUUGGCAGUCCGUUCUUUGUAGCGGCUUUUUGAUGUUGCGAAUUGCUUUAUAUGUUCUAUUGGAAAUAUAGGAUGUACUUCUAUGUGAUGUGAUUGUUCCCAUCAAACUAUGAUAUUAUGAUCUGUAAUGUUAUUUUCUUUAAUUAUUGUUUUUCUGGUGACUGUUUCCUACCCUGCCUUA